AUGAGUUCUUUAGAUUUCGAAUACCCGUCCUUGUUUGAUUUUCCUCCUUUCUUUACUCGACAAAUUACAGAUUCGACAUGGAAGAGUCAAGUGUCUCAAUGGGAAACAUUCAUACUUGCUUACACACGUCACAAGCAUUUGUUUAGAAUCGAUGUACAUCAAGCUACUGCACCGGGAGGAAUAGAGAUUUUCGAGAAUAGAAAGAUUAAUCGACGUCUGUCUUUUGAAACCUUACAAGAAAUUAUUGAAGAAAUGGUCCAAAAGGGUACGGCAGAAUGGGAAGGUGGUAAUAAGGGUCCAAGGAGUGAAGCGUUAAUAUACUGGCAUACACCUGACGAGUGGGCCAAUUUGAUUUGGAACUGGAUCAAUGAAACAGGCCAAAAUAAUCAGAUUGUAACGUAUUACGAAAUAGCUCAUGGCGAAUUAGCAGAAGGACAAGAAUUUUAUGAAUUAGAUAAAGCACUUUUAAACAAGGCAUUAAAUAUUCUUGGAACAGAUGAAGAUAGUAUGGGUGUAAAGUUUUUUGGAUCACAAUAA